AUGGAGGCUGACCCGCACUCUGGCGUGUGCUCGGCAGACCAGCUGAACCAGCUGAACCAGCUGAACCAGCUGACCCACAGGCGACGGGCGUCACCAAGCAGAGUGAUAUGGAGCAUCCGACGGGCGCGCAUCGUCUGCAGCGCCGCGCCAAACCGUAUUCGCACACUGCAGUCCGACGCGGGAGAGACGGACGGACAUGACCUGGCGGUUGGACGCUGCCACAGUCCAGCCCAGCGCUACACUACUGCAGGCCGUCACCACCAUGUCGCCACUGUGACCCGGACGAGGUGGGAUGGGUACAGCCGCACCACUGCAGCGGCACGCAGCCAGCAGCCAGCAGCCAGCGGCGGGCGAGUCGAGCACGAGGCAUGGGCAGGCGAUGCAUCAGCUUCGGCCAUGCCUCUUCUGCCCGCGAUCCUUGGCAGUUGGUCCUCGCUGCCGCUUGCUGCUGCUUGCUGCGCGCGGUUGGCAUGUGCAGCCGACCGGCGUCAGAUUCUGCAGCGGCGCGUCGAAAAGGCCGCGACUGGAUUUGCAAAAUUGACGGGUGUUGGUCUCGCCUCGCCUCGCCUCGCCUGCCCGGCUCGCUGCACGCUGCGCAAAGUGCGAAUAAACAAGCUAUGCAGCUCGCAGCGCCUCUCCAACUCCGAGAGCGGAGGUCAGACCGAGCCCGGCAUGGCUCGCUCGAUCCCAUUCCAUCGCAUCCAUCGCAUCCUGACGCCUUUUCGCUCCAAGUCGAUCUUGGGAUCCUGGCAUCUUGCGGCUGGCAUCUUGCGGCUGACAUCUUGCGGCUCGUGCGCGAUGAUCGCACAACACAUGGCGCCAAACCAAACCAACGGCAUCUGGAGGUUGCACUAG